AUGUAUGCCUACCACGCUGCUGCGGACGCUUGGCUUCCUGAUUCGCCCGAUCUGCUCCUCGCCGCCGCAGCCGAUGUCCGUGACAGAGCUCUGAUCGGCCAGAUCGACGACGUCGUCCUUGAUCAGGACAUGGCCGCGCUCCUCAUGCCGGGCCUCGUCGACACAGAGAUCAACCUCAUUGUCGACGCUGAUCACGACACAAGCCUUGGCCCGCUCUUUCUUGCAUCGGCCGUCGGCGCCGCCGCACCGUUCCACAUCGACAUGGCCGCUAGCGCCGCGCCGGCCGCCGCCGUCACCGUCAUCUCGGUCGCAGCCGAGAUCGCCUCGGCCCCGCCGGCGUACGCCGACAUUCCGUCGCCGGGCCCAGACUUUGUCCACAUCGGCAUCAUUGACGCGCCCUGUGUUGCGCUUCCCAUCGACGCCGUUUGCGCAGCCAUCGACACCGCCCGGACCGCCGGUCGCGCAGUCAUCAUCCAUUGCGCAGCGGGCGUCUCCCGCUCGGCGGCCUGCGUCAUCGCCUACCUCAUGCGCAGCUGCGACCUCGACUUUCUCGCUGCCCACGCCCAAGUCAAGGCCGCCCGACCAGCCAUCGCGCCCAAUCCGGGAUUUGUCCGCCAGCUGGCCGUCCUUGAUGCCGGACGAUCAGUCGAACUCGCCGCGCUCCCGGCUCCUGACUUCGCCGUCUACGUCGACGAGGCCGAAGACCCGAUCGAGCCCUGGGACCAUGAGCUCACCAUCCUCAGCUACAAUGUCUUUUAUCCGGUCUACGCCGACGAUCUCCGCUGGCCGGCCAUCAUCGACCUCAUACUCGCCGCCGACGCCGACCUCGUCGCCAUCCAGGAGGCCACGCCGGCCUUUGCCGCCUUCCUCCUCGCGGCGCCGGCCAUCCGGGCCAGCUACGCGGCGAGUGUCUCACCAGACACCGCCGCCGACGUCCUCAACGAGUACGGCGUGCUCAUGCUGUCGCGAUGGCGCGGCGGCCUCGCGCUCGCCACUCCGCUGCCAACCGUUAUGGGCCGGUGGUUGCUGACCGCCGCCUGGCGGGUGGCCGGCACCGCGUCGCGGGUCGUCGUCGCCGCCACCGCCCACCUUGAGUCGAUGUACGACACCGCGCCCAUGCGCCAGAUGCAGAUCGCCAUUGCGCGCCACACCCUCGAGGCCUGGCGCUGCGGCGUCGAGGCCAUCGGCCUCUGGCCGUCGCUCCUCCUCGCCGGCGACUGCAACAUCGGCGACUCGCCCGAGGGUGCCUCGCUCGCUGCCGCCCUCGAGGGCUACACCGACGCCGCCGCCGCCGCUGGGCCCACCCACCCGGCCGUGGCGGCCUGA